AUGUCUAUGCAUAAACAAGCAGUGGUAUCAUCAAAAAUAACUCAAAAAAUGGAUUCAAAUCCAAAAGACUAUAAAACUAAAAGUGAAAUGACCGUCCAUAUGAAAUUUCAAUUAUUGCGUCAAGCGAUUGAUGUGCGGGAACAAGAAAUUUUAAAACUUGUUGAAAAACAUUAUAGUGAGAAUAAUAACACUUCAGACACUAAGUUUUUGGCAUUCUUUGAUAAUCAAAUUCAAUUGGUACAUAACGCUGUACAAAAAUUAUCAUGUGAAACAAUGCAACCGGAGAGUGAUUAUACUGUUGUACAAUCGUAUGAAUAUAUGACUGUUGAUGAUACAUCUUCAUCGUCUUCAUCAAGCAGUAGUUCACAAAGUAGCAGAAAACCGGAAUCGAAGAAAAAAAAGUCAUCAUCAAUGUCUAAUAAAAUGAAACGUUUCGAACAACGGUUAACACAAAUUGAACAACAAAUGAAAGCACCCACUUCGAUUCCACAACAACGACAAUCGGUAGAAUUCGGGAAUAAAGACAAACGUAACAACAACAAUUCCUCAAAAUGUCAUCAACAGUCUGGUAUCGAAUUAAUCCGCUCAAAACCGUUAACUGUUUGGAUUAAAAAAUCCAUAAAUAGUUUACUAUCAACAGCUAAAAGAAAUGAAAUUUCUUGUCAACAACAUCUACCGGGUGUCAAUUAUCUUCUAUCUUUACCUUUGAGUGCAUUCGUAUCUCGAACAAAAACAUCACCGAUGACUACAAUUGAGAAAAAUUUAGAAAAUUUAAAAAUAAAUAAUAAUAACAAUAACAAUAACAAUAUGUUGAAACAACAAUUACAACCGAUUAAAAAUGAAAAAUUUGAAUUAUUAGAUAAUGAUAAUAAUUUAUUAUCGGAAAAUGAACGUCGAAAAUGGUUAUGUACGAUUAAUGAUGGUCAAUUUUGUUCAACAUCAAAACCAUCUAUAAUUUCAACAACUCCAAUUAUUUAUUCAAAAGAUUAUUGGAUUAAUAAUAAUAAACAAAAAGAACAACAUCAAAAUUUAUUUCGUCCAUGGUUAGCAGACAAUACAAAUAAACUUUCGACAACUGUCGAUUUAAAUGAACAUCUUCAACAAUGUUCAGAACGUGUUAAAAAAUUACACAAUGACUAUUUAGUAGCCAUUGAAAAAACAACAAUAUCACAACCUCCUGUUGAAAGUACAUCAAAAUAUUCUCAAUUGACACAGGUUCUUCCUCUACCAGCAAAACAUUCUUCAAUUGACAAAUUAGCAUCAGUAACAACAACAACAACAACAACAUUACCCGCAGUCAAAUAUCCUCUACUAUCAUCAACCUUACCAACGGCAACGAAAGAAACAUAUAGUUCAGUAUUAAACGUAAUGGAUACAAUGAAAAAUAUGCCAAUAAAUGAAUGGAUUUCAAAAAAAUAA